AUGAUACAUGAUGAAAAGACUCUUCUGAAGGCCCUGGAACAUAAAAGCACCGAGGAGAGGGAGCUUUUUUCUUCCAUGUGCUCUGUUCUUGGCCUCCAGUACUUCUCCGAAGAAAGCAGCGUUCUGUCACACACCUUUGCGAGUCCGUCGUUCGUCAUAGACAUAUCUGAAUCAAGUGCAAGGAUAACCUUUGUUGACGAAAGCUUCUCAAGAUGCUUUAGGUAUGUUGAGUUCUUGCUGUCCCAGCACCUUGAAAAAAGCAAGAUGGUUGACUUCUACUUUUACCUCAGGAUGUUUGUCCGAAUGGAGACAGGGCAUGGAGGGAUUCUUGAAAAGGACACCACAGAUAUUUGCCACUGUGUUUUUGACGGGAAGUAUUGCAUAAACCCGUCGUUCAAGGACGUGGUUGUGGCAAGUGCUGAUGGAAUAUACAAUAUAUAUAGACACAGGUUUGAAUAUCAUUUGUACACAAAGGAGUUUAUCCUCCCCAUUCCUACGAAUGCCCUGCCGGAAGAUGAGGGAUGUACUUCUCUAGUGGGAGAGAAUGCAAACGGAAGGGAGGUAAAUGCAAGAGUAAGCCUAAAUCUGGCAAGGUACUUUGGUCCUGAGGCCUUUAGCCGGGAAGUGUUCAGGGCGCUUCCUCCUGGAGACUUUUACUGGAAAGGAGCAGUGGGGAAAUACUCAGAGGUACUUGUGCAGAAGGACCUUGCCGUGUAUGCCGAUGGGGGGUUGCACAGAGAUGCAUCCUUCCUCAUGAAGCUUGGAAAGAAUCUAGACUUCUGCUUUAACUUCCUUGGGGACUAA